GUCAACCGCUAGAUAGCUUCGAUGUGACGUAGAACGCAUAUUGUGCAACAUGCUGGUGGAAAUGUGAACUAGGUGCCAUCGAGGUAAAGAAAGAAUUUGUUGUCAAAGCAUAACAAUUGAAGAUCUUGUUGACUGCGCCUUGUUAUACUGCUAAGGAUGGCUGUUCGUAUCCAGUUUGAAGGAAGUAACGAAGUUGGGGUGUUUUCCAAAUUAACGAAUUCUUACUGCCUAGUUGCUAUUGGAGGAUCUGAGAAUUUUUAUAGUUUAUUUGAAGGCGAAUUAGGUGAAGCAGUACCUGUUGUACACGUUUCCCUUGCUGGUUGUCGCAUAAUUGGGCGUAUGUGUGUUGGAAACAAAAAUGGUUUGAUUGUUCCAAAUUCUACCACUGACCAAGAAUUACAACAUAUCCGUAACAGUCUACCAGAUUCUGUUCAUGUGCAAAGAGUUGAAGAAAGACUGUCAGCUUUAGGCAAUGUAAUAGCUUGUAAUGAUUAUGUUGCUCUUGUUCAUCCAGAUCUUGACCGGGAAACAGAAGAAAUUAUUACUGAUGUGCUGAAAGUUGAAGUAUUUAGACAGACUAUUGCUGAUAAUGUUCUAGUUGGAAGCUAUUGUGCCUUCAAUAACCAAGGUGGUCUUGUCCAUCCGCGCACAACAGUUGAAGACCAGGAUGAAUUAUCUUCAUUACUUCAAGUUCCUUUAGUGGCUGGUACAGUAAACCGAGGCAGUGAUAUUAUUGGUGGAGGAAUGGUUGUUAAUGAUUGGGCAGCCUUCUGUGGUCUUGACACAACCAGUACAGAAAUAUCAGUGAUAGAAAGUGUCUUUAAGUUAGGAGAGGGAGCACAGCCAACCAAUAUUACAACCAGCAUGCGUGAAUCCUUGAUUGAUAGUUUGGCAUGAUCAGAUAUUUUGUGAUUAAGAAACCAACUGUUGUGGGAAUAUAAUGCUGAUGCUUUGGUCUAUUGUAUAAAGCUGCCAUAAAAGAUCAAGCUGUUUAGAUUGUUUCCACCGUUGCAUCUUCAAUGUCUAGUGAUGCCAAAGCCAACACAAUAUUCUUCUCAAACUUUGCCCAUCGGACAUAUUUCCUAUUUGCUCCAUUAAUUCCAAGGUUUGUCUAAUGUAUGAUAUUCCCAUUGGUUAUUGGAAUACAAUCAUUUCAUGAUUAUUAAUAAAUCUAUGAAUAUC